AUGGCGCCUGCGUCUAGACAAUCCAUUUCAGGCAGGCCAUCACGAUCCACCCCUAAGUCAUCCAUGAAACCCCCGCGCGAGACCUUGGGUUCCCCCGACGAGCCUCCCAUGAAGAAGCGCAGGUAUGUGCCUGGUGGUCCCGGAGGAGGUGGACGAUUCAUCGAUGUCGAUGGCAACGAAGUCGAAGAGAUGGUCUCCCCAAAGAAGAUUAACGGAACCCCGAGACGGAACUCCAUAAGCGCACGAAGUCGCCCUCCACGCGACAUCGACCCUCUACUUGAUGCCCCUCCACCACCGCCUCUUGAACCAGCAACACCACCAUCUGUGACGCGUCCCCGGCGAGACAAGAGCCAAAAUCGCGGUCGCUUUACCUCAUCAACAGCUGCUGCACUCGCCUUACAACAGGGCGAUGGCUACAAACCACGAGAGGAGAGAGGGUGGGAGGAGUUUCAUCCUGAUUUGGAUAUUGAUAGCAGACUUGCUGUCUUCACAGCCGAGGAGGUGGACACGGUUGACCCUGCUGCAAACCAGCUGACUUUAGAGACAUUGGCUGGCAUGGCUGGCCUUGAUGGCUCAGGGUUACCCAUCUUUACACCUGACAUGGCAUCUCCCGGUCCAUUCAAACGCAGACCUGGGCGCCCUCCGCGCCGUCCAGAAGCCAUCCUUAAUGCUUUACUCGCGCAACAGGGACCGAAAGUGAUCCCACCCCCGGGACCCAACCCUAGGGAAAAGUUGACAUUGCCCAAACCGUCAUUCCGAUUGCAAGAUCCGUUCACCUUUUACGAGAAGAAGGGUAUUGGCCACCAGAACUAUGUUGAUCGAACCAUGGCCAAUGUCGGAUACCAAGAAACUGACUUGUUCCUCCGCCACGACCGGCGGUUUAUUCGCAUGACCGAAGGUGCGCAGGAAGAUGACAUGGAUAUCAUCCAGCCAGCUGCCUCAGAGGGCGAUGUCAAUGCGACAAGUGGAAGAGUGGAGUACGACAUGGACGAACAAGAUGAGAAAUGGCUUGAUGAUCAUAACUCCAAGCGCAGAGAUGAUCAGCUUGAGCCCAUCAAGCCUGCCAUAUUCGAAAUCACCAUGACCAAGAUCGAAAAGGAAUGGCACGCGCUUGAAAAGCGGAUCCCCAAACCAAACCCCAAACCCCCACAGACACACCGCCCUCGCUCCAGCUCUGCUGCUGCGGUAAAUGGAGAGACCGCUGGUCCUGGAGAAGAGCAGGAUAGCAAGUGUGCUAUCUGUGAUGAUGGCGACUGCGAAAACUCAAAUGCCAUUGUAUUCUGCGAUGGUUGUGACCUGGCGGUUCAUCAAGAAUGCUAUGGUGUCCCAUUCAUCCCAGAGGGCCAGUGGCUUUGCCGCAAGUGCCAGUUGCUUGGACGAGGCUCCACCAACUGUAUUUUCUGCCCUAAUACCGAGGGCGCAUUUAAACAAACCACUUCAUCCAAAUGGGCCCAUCUGCUAUGUUCAAUUUGGAUCCCCGAGGUCUCAAUCGGAAAUCCGUCACUUAUGGAACCUGUCACAGACGUUGAAAAGGUACCGCGCAGCCGGUGGAAGUUGAUGUGUUAUAUUUGCAAGCAGAAAAUGGGUUCUUCGAUUCAGUGUAGCAACAAAAACUGCUUCGUUGCAUUCCAUGUGUCGUGUGCACGCCGAGCGCAGCUGUACCUGAAGAUGAAAAUUGGCCAUGGACUGAUGGAUUCACAUCUCCUCAAGGCCUUUUGCGACAAACAUGUGCCACCAGACUGGCGACUGGAGCAUGGCACUGAUGCUGCCACGGCCGAUGCGAUCGAAUACUACCGCAAUACCAUGCAGGGUAAACGGUGGGGAGAUAGCCAGGCUGCCGCGCUCUCUAUGGGAUCUGCGCUUGCCGAAGAUGCGGAAGGAGAAAUGACCCAUACCCCCCGCAUUACAUUGACUGUCGGCGGUAACAAACGCAAACGUGCACCCAGAACAAUCUGGAAGCUGCCUUCUGGGGCCCCAGUCAUCCCACAGGUUGUUUUGAACUCGGUAGUGGCAUGCCUUGGCCGAUUCACCGUUCGUGGUCGCAAACAAUACGCAGAAGAGGCGUGCAAGUACUGGACUCUCAAGCGCGAGGCACGUCGUGGGGCUGCUCUGCUUAAAAGACUUCAACUCCAACUGGAAACCUUCUCUUCCAUGGAGAUGACACGAAGAGACUACGUGGCGAUGGGUGUCACCGGCCACAAACGGUUACAGCGACGCAUGGAGUUCGGCGAGCGGCUCUACAAGGACCUUGACCAACUGAGAAUGCUGUGCGAUGAGGUAAAGAAACGAGAGAGGGAGAAGUUGAAAGAUGCCGAAAUGCUACGAAGCAUCGUCGACAUUGUCUACUUUCCCAUCUUCCCUUUGCUGUGGCCAAUUUUCGAGAAAGCUCAAGUGCUAGAUGGGAAGGGAGUUUUUGCGGCGGGACUAUUAUCGAUUCGCAAGCGACUGGAAGAGCGGUUUUACCCGUCAGUGGCAUCCUUCUCGGCUGAUUUGGCUAGCCUAUUCACCUCUGAGAUUGGCGUGGGCCCUGCUGGUGAUACUGCGGAACUUCAAGCGCAGAUCAGUGGCCGUGCCCCUGAGCUUAGUUUGGAACAACGGGAGAAGCGAAAGCUGGCCAAACGAAUUAUCAAGUCUAUCCAGCCUCACCUGGAAGAUGCGAUUCGAAAAGAGAGCGAGCUGAAUCGCAAACCCUACGAAAAAGAACUGAAAGAGCUGGAUGCGAUCCUUGACCAUAGCGUCAUGUCUCGCCGAGGCGAAUCCUUGGACCCGGAAGGGGACCAUGAGGAGGUUGAUCAAGCUGACACCAAAUCUGAGCCCAUGGAGGGUGUGGAGGAAACAGGCCCAAAUUCUCCUGCUGAACCUCCAACUGCCGAUGAAGUUGUGCCUACCAGAGAGAGUGACUCUGCAGAAAAUCCUGUUGAAGAGCCUGCACCUAUUGAGGAGGUUAAACCCAAUAUCAACUUUGCCUAUCACCGGCACCCAACACCGAUUUUGAGCGAGGAGGAUCAGCAAUUGCCUUUGGCACAAGGUGGAAUCCAGUGGUACAUGCAGCCCUUUGAUCCCAUCGGCACCACAGUCCAUGAAGAACGCUGGACAGGCCGAGAUGUCAUGCGGGGGAUGAGUGAGGAGCUUAGUGAACUGGAUGAGGACGAAUUGAAAGACCUGGUGGAUGAUGAGCUGGACCCAACCACAAAAGUCCCUUCUACGGAGGGCAACUCUCAGAAUGUCCGUCGUACUCGUCGUUUGCGGGGUUGA